AUGCUCGGCGCGCGCCUAGCGAGGGCGAUCCUCUUCGUCCUCGGCGUCGUCUACCCCGGGUACCUGACGUAUAAGACGCUCGAGCACGACCGGAAGCGACCGGACGCGUGCAGAGGGUGGUGCUGCUAUUGGGUCGUCUACGCCGCGUGGGCGACGUGCGAGCGAGGGUUGGAUCGCGCGUUCGACGGGAGGGUUGGGUUAUAUAGAGAGAGUAAAGUGGCGUUCGUGACGUACCUGUGGCACCCGCGAUUCCAGGGCGCGCUGUACGUGUACGAUAGAUUCUUAGCGCCAUUCUUAGCGAAACACGAACGCGGCGUGGACGACGUCUUGGCGACGAUGUUCGAACGCGUCGGGGACGUCGCCGGACGCGCGUUUCGCUCGGCGUACGCGUACGCGCGACGCUCGGUGAACGACGCCUUGAGUAAAGCCACCGAGGCACAGAUGGCGGCGCAGUUCGGCGGUGGGGCCAGCGCGUCUGGGCGCGCCGAUCGCGUCGAUCUCGUUCGAAGACGCGCCGUCGCGCACGCAUCGACCACGUAG